GCCACCCCUGUCUCCUUGGCGCACCAGGUGUGAAGCCGGGGCAGCCGGGGAAUCUCGCCGCGAGAACCGCGCUGCGAAGGAGCCCCGCCGCGGCCGGAGCCAUGUUCCCCCAGAGCCGGCACCCCACUCCGCACCAGGCUGCGGGACAGCCUUUCAAAUUCACCAUCCCGGAGUCGCUGGACCGCAUCAAGGAAGAGUUCCAGUUCCUCCAAGCGCAGUACCACAGCCUUAAAUUGGAAUGUGAGAAACUGGCAAGCGAAAAGACAGAAAUGCAGAGGCAUUACGUGAUGUAUUAUGAAAUGUCGUAUGGAUUAAACAUUGAAAUGCACAAACAGACAGAAAUCGCCAAGAGAUUGAACACAAUUUGUGCACAAGUCAUCCCAUUUUUGUCUCAGGAACAUCAGCAACAAGUGGCCCAAGCUGUAGAACGUGCCAAACAAGUGACCAUGGCUGAACUGAAUGCCAUCAUCGGGGUACGUGGCCUUCCAGGUCUACCUCCUACACAGCAGCAGUUGCAGGCUCAACAUCUCUCUCAUGGCCAUGGACCUCCAGUGCCUCUAACGCCGCAUCCAUCUGGACUUCAGCCUCCAGGAAUCCCUCCACUUGGAAGCAGUGCUGGCCUUCUUGCCCUUUCUAGUGCUUUGGGUGGGCAGCCCCACUUGGCAAUAAAAGAUGACAAGAAGCAUCAUGAUGCAGACCACCACAGAGACAGAGAGCCAGGCACAAGUAAUUCUCUGUUGGUUUCGGACAACCUACGAAGCACAGAUAAACGCAGGAAUGGCCCUGAAUAUGCCAAUGACAUCAAAAAGAGAAAGGUGGAUGAUAAGGAUUCCAGCCACUAUGACAGUGAUGGGGACAAGAGUGACGAUAACUUGGUUGUAGAUGUAUCCAAUGAGGAUCCUUCAUCCCCGAGGGCAAGUCCCACUCAUUCACCACGUGAGAAUGGUGUAGAUAAAACCCGACUGCUAAAGAAGGAUGCCUCCAGCAGUCCAGCAUCUACAGCCUCUUCAGGAAGUUCCACUUCCCUCAAAUCCAAAGAAAUGGGUCUGCAUGAAAAAGCCAGUACGCCUGUUCUGAAAUCCAGCACACCAACUCCUCGGGGUGAUGUGCCAACCCCAGGCACUAGUGCAACUCCAGGACUUCGUCCAGGCCUUGGCAAACCUCCAACCAUGGACCCUCUGGUUAACCAAGCUGCUGCAGGUUUGCGGACACCGUUGGCAGUACCAGGACCAUACCCUGCUCCAUUUGGAAUGGUACCUCAUGCUGGCAUGAAUGGGGAGUUAACCAGUCCAGGGGCAGCCUAUGCCAGUCUGCACAAUAUGUCACCCCAGAUGAGUGCUGCUGCUGCUGCAGCUGCUGUGGUUGCCUAUGGAAGAUCUCCUAUGGUUGGGUUUGAUCCUCCUCCUCACAUGAGGGUACCUGGAAUCCCUCCAAAUCUAGCAGGGAUUCCUGGGGGAAAACCAGCCUACUCCUUUCACGUUACUGCAGAUGGUCAGAUGCAGCCAGUUCCUUUCCCUCCUGACGCCCUCAUCGGUCCAGGAAUCCCUCGCCAUGCCCGUCAGAUCAACACUCUGAACCACGGGGAAGUUGUGUGUGCAGUUACCAUCAGCAACCCCACAAGACACGUGUACACGGGUGGGAAGGGGUGCGUCAAAGUCUGGGACAUCAGCCAGCCUGGCAACAAGAGCCCUGUCUCUCAGCUGGACUGCCUGAACAGAGAUAACUACAUCCGCUCUUGUAAAUUGUUGCCUGAUGGAUGCACCCUUAUAGUUGGCGGGGAAGCCAGCACAUUAUCCAUAUGGGACCUGGCAGCACCAACUCCUCGUAUAAAAGCAGAGCUGACAUCCUCAGCACCUGCCUGCUAUGCACUGGCUAUCAGCCCUGAUUCCAAGGUGUGUUUUUCCUGCUGCAGUGAUGGGAACAUUGCAGUGUGGGAUCUGCACAAUCAAACAUUGGUCAGGCAAUUCCAGGGCCACACAGAUGGAGCCAGCUGUAUUGACAUUUCUAAUGAUGGUACCAAGCUCUGGACAGGUGGUUUGGAUAACACUGUCAGAUCCUGGGACUUAAGAGAGGGGAGACAGCUACAACAGCAUGACUUCACAUCACAGAUAUUUUCCCUUGGUUAUUGUCCUACUGGUGAAUGGCUAGCUGUGGGAAUGGAGAGCAGCAAUGUAGAAGUGCUACAUGUAAAUAAACCGGACAAAUAUCAACUGCACCUUCAUGAGAGUUGUGUAUUGUCACUCAAGUUUGCUUACUGUGGUAAAUGGUUUGUGAGUACUGGGAAAGAUAACCUUCUUAAUGCAUGGAGAACUCCUUAUGGAGCCAGUAUCUUCCAGUCAAAAGAAUCUUCAUCAGUGCUUAGUUGUGACAUCUCUGUGGAUGAUAAGUACAUAGUCACUGGCUCUGGAGACAAAAAAGCUACAGUCUAUGAAGUUAUCUACUGAAAAAUAUGAUGGGGAUAUAACUUCCAGAAGUUGAACUGGCCCAAAUUGUUCUUAAUGGCAGAAGUAAAAAGGUUUUGACUUUUAAAAGGAAAAGAAGUGUUGAGGUUCCAGACCUUGCCGUGAAACUACUCCGAUUUUUCAAAAUAGAAGGCAACAUCCAGCAACUAAAGACUGGCUACGUGGACCAGACGGAACACAGAGGCAAGACGGAGAGAUUUAGCCUAGGUUUUUGACAUAGUUUUUAAAAGCCAAGUCUACUGAAGAAUGUUGCAGCCUUUUAUUUUUUUCUUUCUUUAUGACCUCAUGCAAAUUGUUCUCAUUGCCUGAAUAUGGGGGAUAAACACCUUUCCGUUCCUUGCAGUUCAAGUUGCAUUCUGUCCUGUGUAGAGCAGCAAUGUCUCAGAUGGACUUGUUUCCUGGUUUUACAUCUUGUGAUAUGUUUUUAUAUUUUUGUUGAAGAUUAAGCAUUUGUAUAAAUUGUAAAUAUAUUUAGUUUACUACAGUAAAGGCUUUAGUAUCUACAACCAGUCUUCCCCCUUGCCCCCUCCCUGCCUGCCCUGCUUAUUUAAAAUUAAAAACCUUUUGGGGAUAUAAGUACCUUUUUAGAAUCAAAAGCAAACACUAUGUAUAGUUUGAAAAUGGUGUCUUAUUCUUUAUAACUAUUCCUAGAUUCCUUUAUCAUACUUCAAAGUAGUUGUUUUGACAUACUAGGGAAUCAAGUCCGGUAGAUACUGUCUUGUGCUACAGAAAACUUAAAAGGCAAUUUUGUACUAAUUAUAGUGUAAAUAUAAAAAUUGAACAUUUCAUAAAGCUGUGUUGUUUAUUUUAAGUUUAUUCUGAUGUCCCAUGUAUAUGUUUUUUCACAGAAACAGUAAUAUGUGCCUGAUCAUAACUCAUUCACUGAUUUCUCUAGAAAAAGAGGGACUUCCCUCUCCUUUUCCCCCCAGUUGAACAGAAUUCAUGUGAGACUGCAUUUCAGCUAAGUACAUCAGAGCCUUUAUUCGUUAACUGAGGAUGUCUGUGAUGAGAAAAGCUAGAUAAGUUAUAUCCUUUGUAUUUUACAGAGAAGUGGUAGUUAAUGACCAUUUCCUUUUUAAAGUCUUGUCUAGAGUUAGAUACUCAGGUAAAUUACCAAAAGUGUGAGUUUUACAGGGGAUCACUUAAAGAUGUUAAAUACUUGCAGGGCUGCAAGUGAAGUGAAUUAAUCUAAACUAAGUUAAAUUUGCUUCUUAAUUUCUUCUGAGAAUGUUGACAAAGGAAUAUUUUGAUUUUUAAGUAAUCCACUCUACAAAUUAACUAGAAUUGAUUUUCCUGAGUGUCCCAUGUUACACAGGCCUAUAGGCUCUAUGUAUUCAUAUGGAGCAAUCUUUGAGUCCUUUCCCCUGUGGCAUGAGUGUGAUACAUCUGUGAAGAGCCAUGCUAAGCAUCCAGUUACCAAAGCUAUGCAUCUUCAAGUGUUCUUUAUGUACUCAAGAGCAGUGGAUCGGGGAGAACGUGUUAGUUUUAUUCAGUGUUUUUUCAGAUAAAUGAGUUCUACCACUCUGUGCUAGACAAACCUAGCUAUUGCACCAGUGAGGGCCAUACAUUUCCUGCACUCUGUAAUUUAAUUAGAAUUUCUGUUGCUAAUGGAGAAUACAGAUGAACAGAAGGAUGUCUUUAAACAAACAAUUCAGAUUACACAAACUGGCAUAAUACGGGUUAAGACUCUUCUCUAAAGAGCUGCUUUCUCAUUUUGCUAGCAUUUCACAAUGACCUAUAUCCCUGCUCUUCCAAAGACAGGCAUGUAGGAAGAAACAAGUUUGACUGACAGAUGCAUUGGCUAGAUAAGGAGUUUCUCAUCUGGGGGCAAAUUUUAUCUUAGUUUUCAGUCUGAAAAGACAUUGGUUUUCUUUUCAGUUUAUAUGACUAUUCUACCGAAACCAUUUCAUAGCAUUUAGAAUUGUAAUAGCCUUAAUGUGUUAACUUUGCAUUUGGAAUAUAAAAUGUUAACCAUUCAGGAUAAUCUGGUCUCCUAGACAUUUAAAAUUAGCGUUCUAUCCAUAUGUAUCUAUAUCUUUGUCAGUUGCUGUGUUGUCAAUAUGUAUCUUAAUGAAAAUGGCAGGUCAGCUUAGGUGCUGGCCAUGUUGCUUUCACUCAAAAAGCAGAACCAUCAGGCUUUUCAGAGAGUUAACUAUAUUUGCUACAUUGAAAUACUGUGAAAUACUAUGUCAUUUUUAAAAGGCAAAAUUUAAAAAAAAGAAAGUGUUUACUAGAUUUUACUUGAUUUUUACCCUUUUCAUAUUGAAGUUUCUCUGAACAUCUAACUCUGCCAAUGAUCAUUGACUUUAGUAGUACUGGCAAAUUUCUGUAGUUAGGAACAUUUGGAUUUUUUCCAAAUUGCUAUCACUUUGGCUUUUACUUUAUAGGUCUUCCUUUGCUAUUCUCUGAAGUUGAUAUUAAAAGAACCAAGAAUGCAAGUGUUCUAAUACAUCCAUGUAAACUAAAGUAAAAUAACACAAGUAUAAUGGAUCUGCUAUAUGUUGUAACAUAGUGUUUGCUAGUAAGAACACAUUCUUGGCAAUCAGGAGGUUUAAAAUCAUACUAUUAGGAAAAUCAUAAAAUGCCUCGUCUUCUUAGCUUUUAAAAUGCACAGUGUUUCAGAGCAGUUAUGGAAUUGGACAUUAUUUACGCAUGUGAAUGGAUUUAUUCAUAUUUGUACCAUAUAUUUCUUGAUUGUAAUUAGGAAAUUUAUUCUUUUUUCCCCCAUCAGAUCUACUUUAAACCUUGAGUCUAAAAAGUUGCAUCAUAAAGUAGUUAUCUCAAUUUGUUGUUUCAGAUUUCACUUUCAGUUUAUGAAACACUGCAGGUUUUUUCAUUUGUCAGGCAGAAAAGCCUAUUCCACCUGCAGAUGUAAUUUUUAAUGGAAAGAUAAAUUCAGUGAAAUCUUGGCAUCUGUCUACAAAAUAACCUACAAUAUUUAAAACAUGUCAAGCUUUUAACUUCUGUAAGUUCUUAUAGCCCUGUGUAAAGUAGUGGGUGGAAAUAAUUGCAUAUUGAAUGAAGAAACAGACUUACUAGGAUAAGCAGUAACAGCAAAGGUGCUGGAAAAGCCACAGGGAAAAAAGAAGUACACCAGUAACUAUAGUGUAGGUAAUUAUUAUUUUUUUUAGUAAUUUUAUUUACAGUCAUAAUAGAUGCCUUUGGUUAGCCCCUUUUUGGGACAGUCUUUGUUUGCUGGGUGACCCUCAGUAUUUAGAGAUGCCUAAAUGCUACUCUGGCAAAUGCUAGUGCUGGAUAGAAGUAGGGAGUCCUUACAAAGGACAUUUUGGAUGUCAGUGCAAACAGUAACUGAUGAUGUGAUAAUAUCAAUUCAACUGAAAAAAAUCCUUUGUCAGCUCUCAUAUGUAUAUUUUGUAUAUGUGCACUAGGCAUAACCCUUUAUAAAUCACUUGUACAGAAAGUCAUGAUAUUAUUCCACACAAUGCAAUUGUCAGUGUGUCAAACUAUCUCUUUUUGAUUAUAAUUCCAAACAAAGAUAGUUCCCCAUGUUAAUCCACAAGCCUCUGGUACCUAAGAGAGAAUUUUCGUCUUCAUUAGUUCUUUUUAUCUCAUUUGGCAUUUCAAAAGCUUUUGUUCCUUAAAAGGAAUAAAAUAUUAAUUUCUUAGACUGUUAACAGUAGUGUUAUUUUUAAAUGUAAACAUCAAUAUAAAAUCUGUCUUAUACAUGUUUACAUCUGUCUUAUAUGUUAGACAUCUAGUCUUAUACAUGCUUUUAUUUAUGAAUGGUUGACCAUAAUUUUUCUGUCACACUUUUGUGGCACAAGUGAUACAAGUAGAAUUUUCAGAGGUGUUUAAGUUACAUAAGCAACUUAAACUCAGAUUGGCAAUUUGCUUUUUGGUUUUGGUGUUUAUUUUUGGUGGAGUUUUUUGGGGGUUUUUUGCUUGUUGUUUUCAUGGAAAGACUGGCCCACUUAUGAACCUGUGGGAUUAUGUAAAAUAGUUAGAAUAGUCCUUCAUAUUUUUUAUUAUAUUGGUGCAAUUUUGAGUUGAUGGGGAAAUUCCACCAUUCUAGUAAUAAAGAAGGUGGAUUUUGAUGUUUUCAGGAUAAGGAAGAGUACUGACUUCAGAUUUCACACUACUGAAAAAGCAUUUACCUCUUAAAUCUCUUCACUGGAGAAGCUGGACUGGCUCCAACUCUGCUCUCUCCUUGAAGGAUUCCUUUUUUUUUCCCUACCACAAGUACAUAGGAAGAACAUGAGAAUGUAGAUUUAUGCAAGGCUUCAGUCAUGGUGUCUUUUCCAGAGGGAAAGCAACUCAGAAUAGAACCUGAUGAACACCAGAAUAAAAGAAGGUGUUCAUGGCAGGGAAUACAUGGAAGGACAGAAUUACAGAAUCAUUUAGGCUGGAAAAGACCUCAAAUCAUCAAGUCCCAUUCUUGUCCGAACAUGACCAUGUCAACUAAACCUUAGCACUAUGUGCUGCAUCCAGUCAUUUUUUGCAUGGAUGGUGACUUUACCACCUCCACAGAUAGCCCAUUCCAAUGCUUGACAACCCUUCCUAUGAGAAAAUUCUUCCUAAUACCCAACCUGAAUCUCUCCUGGCACAGCCUGAAGCUGUAUCCUCUUAUCUUGUCAGUAGUUGCCUGAUAAAAGAGACCAACGCCCUCCUGGCUGUACCCUCCUUUCAAGUAGUUAUAAAGAGCAAUAAGGUCACCCCUGAGCCACUGCUCCUCCAGCCUAAACA